AUGUCUCAGCAGAUGCUCAGCAAGUGGGUCAAACGCGAGCCGGGCGUGUCGAGCGAGCAAGGACCGCCGCCAAACAGCUCCAGCAACGCUCCAGCGGCAUCUCGCGCCGCCAAACCGGCCGUGGCGUCGAUUGACGCGUACAAGUACUCGCCAGCGAAAAGAGACCCGUACCGGUCAAAGUACGCCGCCAGAAUGAAAGGGUACGCUGUGGGCGGGUCCAAACGCAGUGCCAGCACAGAGGAAGACGAAGACGCCCCGAAACGCGCAAAAACUACAAAGUUGACCCCGCUCGAACAGCAGAUCUACGACCUCAAGCAGAACAACAAGGACAAGCUCCUGGCCGUCCAGGUUGGAUACAAGUACAAGUUCUUUGGACAGGACGCGCAGGUGGCAUCACAGGUACUGAAUAUCAUGUUUAUUCCCGGGCGACUGUUUGGUUCGGGCCCAAACGAGCUGUACGACAAAUUCGCGUACUGUUCGAUCCCAGACGUUCGAUUGCACGUCCAUCUCAAACGGCUGCUGAGCGCGGGCCACAAGGUUGCGAUCGUGGACCAGGACGAGACGGCGGCCAUCAAGUCUACUACUGCGUCGAAAAACAAGCUGUUCCAGCGCAAAAUCAGCCGCGUGUACACUUCCUCGACAUAUAUCGACGACGACCAAACUACCAGCGGCGGCCGGUUCGUGGUGGCCCUCAAGGAGACCGGCUCGCUCAUAUCGUUUGUGGCCGUGGACGUGUACUCGUCGGACAUUGUCUACGACGAGUUCGAAGACACAUUUGUUCGCGGCGAGCUGGAAACCAGACUGCACCAUCUGGACCCUUCAGAGUUUCUACUUAUUGGAGAUCUUUCAAAAGAAACCGCCAAAUCGCUCGAGCUGUUCAAAAUGAAUACCCGUGCCACCUCACAGACCCUCCGCACAGAGACCCGGCCUGUGCAGCCGUACACGGAGGUGACUGCCGUGCUGGACGCGAACCUGCACAACGAGGCCUUUGAUCUGGUGACUAAAUUGUCCACUGGACUACAAACGUGUUUUUCCGAGCUGAUCGCGUACCUUGGCGACUUCAGUCUGGCGAGCGUAUUUGAUCUUGCGGAAAAGUACACGCACUUUGCACAGGUGGACCGGUGUAUGAUUCUGGACGCCAACACGUUGAAAAACCUCGAGAUCUUUAAAAACUCCACAAACGGCCAGGAAACAGGCUCGUUGCUGUGGAUGAUGGACCACACGAAAACACGUUUCGGCCGCAGAGAGCUGCGGAGAUGGAUCGGCCGCCCGCUCACAGACAGAGAGGCCAUUGCCGAGCGCGCAGACUCGGUCGAAAACAUCGUCCAGAGCUACCAGUCGAUCCCGAUCGAGUCCACCGUGCGCAUCCUCAAGGACUGUCCGGACCUCGAGACCGCGCUCAGCCGCGUCCACUACGGCCGGUCCAAGCGCAAGGAGGUGUUCCUGUUUCUGCGCAAGGUCAACGACAUCCUGCAGUUCUACGGCACCCUUCCCGACCAGCUCAACCAGUACAGUCCGCACCUAGCGGGCAUUUUCCGCGAGCUGAAACAGCUGGCCACCGUCAACCUCAAACAGGUACGCGAGUUGUUUGCCAUGAUCCACUCGCCCAGCGCGAUCGACGACUCCAGCGACGAGCACGUGACCCGGUUCUUCAACACCAGUUUCUACAACCACGCCCAGAUUCAGCACCAUGUCGACAGCAUCGCCGCAGUGGAGCAGCAAUUGCAAGACGAGCUGAAGAACAUCCGCGCCGUGAUCAAACGGCCCGGUCUCAACUACAUCACCAACAACAAGGAGCCGUACCUGAUAGAAGUGCGCAACACGCAGGUUGCUACGCUACCAAAAGACUGGGUGAAGAUCAACGGCACCAAGUCGGUUGGUCGGUUUAGAAGCCCCGCCACAGCCGCCCUGUACAAGCAAAUCCAGCUCCACACGGAACUGCUGCUCAAACAGUGUGACGAGUGUUUCCAGGACUUUGUGUCCAAAAUCGACGAGCAUUACUUGCAUCUAAACAGAACCAUCCGUCAACUGGCGGUUUUGGACUGUUUGAUUUCGCUUGGCGCGGCCUCGUCGCUCAGCCAGAACUACUCCAAGCCGCAGAUCGUCGACGUGCCGUGCAUCGACCUCAAGAACUCCAGAAACCCCAUCUCUGAACACCUCAAGGCGUCCGGCUACAUCGCCAACAGUUUCCAUAUGUCGCGCGAAUCCGGCCGCAUUGCCAUCAUCACGGGUCCAAACAUGGGCGGCAAGUCGUCCUUCAUCAGACAGGUGGCGUUGUGCGUCGUGAUGGCCCAGGUCGGCGCUUUUAUCCCGGCAGACCAAGGGUCCCGGCUCAGCAUCUUCACCAACAUCCUUACACGGAUGGGAGCACAGGACGACCUGAUCAAAGGCGAGUCCACGUUCCAGGUGGAGCUGAGCGAGUGCAGCACAAUCCUGCGCCAGUGCGACUCGCGCUCGCUCGUGCUGAUGGACGAGGUCGGCCGCGGAACAAGCACCGUCGACGGCUACGCCAUAGCACACGCUAUCCUGCACUAUCUGGUGGCAGACACAACACCGUUUGUGCUGUUCAUCACACACUACCAGAACCUACAAACUUUCGACCGUUUCAAAGAGGUCGACAACUACCACAUGGGCAUCCAGAAAUUGGGGGAAGAUAUUCUGUUCACGUAUAAAUUGUCAAGCGGAGCAAGUGACAGAUCGUAUGGAAUCAACUGUGCUAAAGUGGCUGGUCUGCCGCAGACGGUGUUGGACACCGCCAGCAUGCAGUCCGUUCGGUUUGAGACAGAAUGGAACCUCAAACAAGCGUAUAACUUGGCGCAAAAUUACAGCAAGUUGACGCAGCAAAAGGACUAUGCCAAGUUAUUGGAUCUCACUCACGAGCUGGCCUGA